GGGCGGGGACGAGGGAGGCUUCCCCAGCCGGUGCGCGCCCUGGCGCGAAAGUGAGGCGCGGGCGGGGCUGGUCACGCGCCUGGCUUCCUGCAGUGCGAACCCUGGAAAUCCAGGCGACUUCGCAGUUGCCGAAGGGACCCGAAGAAGUGGGAUGUGCAAAAGCGCCGGCUGGAAAUCCCGGCUGUGUCUGCGUCAACUCUUUACCCAACAGAGGGCUCCCCCGGCCCUUGGUUUUUACCGGGCCGCCUGCUCCCACUCGGCGAAAAAAAUUCCAGAGCGGCUGCCGUGGCGAUGGCGUGGAUGGCUGCCUUCUCCGCGUGCGCGGCGCUCCUGCUUCCGUGGUGCCCACUGAUGACCGCAGGUGAUCUGAAAGUGGAGAUGAUGGCAAGGGGGAUUCAGGCCACACGCCUGAAUGACAGUGUUACCAUAUCCUGCAAAGUCAUUUAUUCCCAACCCCUCAACAUCACUUCUAUGGGUAUCACCUGGUUUCGGAAGAGUCUGACAUUAGACAAAGAAGUCAAGGUCUUUGAAUUUUUUGGAGAUCACCAAAAGGCAUUCCGACCUGGAGCCAAUGUGUCUCUAUGGAGGCUGAAGAGUGGGGACGCCUCACUGAAGCUGCCUGGAGUCCAGCUGGAGGAAGCAGGAGAGUACCGAUGUGAGGUGGUUGUCACCCCUCUGAAGGCACAGGGAACGGUUCAACUUAAAGUUGUGGCUUCCCCAACCAGCAGAUUGUUUCAGGAUCAAGCGGUGGUGAAAGAGAAUGAAGGCAAAUAUAUGUGUGAGUCAAGUGGGUUCUAUCCAAAGGAUAUUAAUAUAACAUGGGAGAAGAGGACCCAGAAGUCUCCCCAUCACGUAGUGAUUUCUGAGAACAUCAUCACUGGUCCCACCAUCAAGAAUAUGGAUGGUACAUUUAACAUCACUAGCUGCUUGAAGCUGAACUCCUCUCAGGAAGACCCUGGGACUGUCUACCAAUGUGUGAUACGGCAUGAGUCCUUGCAUACUCCUGUGAGCAUCGACUUUAACCUGACUGCUCCUCGGCAGAGUCUUUCUGAACCUGAGAAGACAGAUGUCUCUUCCACUAAUAGGUGGCGUAUUCCAUUAAUUGCUUUUGGAUUGAUUUUAUUUUUAUUAAUUGUUUGGAUUCUUUGGAAAAAGAUAUGUAACAAAUCAUCUUCAGCCUAUACUCCUCUCAAGUGCAUUCUGAAACACUGGAGCUCCUUUGACACUCAGACUCUGAAGAAAGAGCGCCUCGUAUUCUUUUGCACUCAGGCAUGGCCAUCUUACCAGCUGCAGGAUGGGGAGGCCUGGCCUCCUGAGGGAAGUGUUAAUAUUAAUACCAUUCAACAACUAGAUAUUUUCUGCAGACAGGAGGGCAAAUGGUCCGAGGUUCCUUAUGUGCAAGCCUUCUUUGCCUUGCGAGACAACCCAGAUCUUUGUGAGUGUUGUGGAAUUUACCCUGUUCUCCUAACAGAUACAUCAGGCAAGUCCACAGAUGAUAAUUCCCCAAAGUCUGAGAAACAAACCCCUAGGGAAUACUCGGAUGCAGUUCCUGGAUGCCCCAGUCCUUCCUCUCCCCACUCUCUGGGACCUCCUUCAGCCACAUCAUCAACAACUCCAGUUCUACCUUCCCAACCCCCAACUUUACUGUUACCCCUACAGUAAAUGCCUGAUGGAUGUGGUGCCACUAGGGUCCAAGUUCCCUUUUCAUUACAGGACCUUGUGCAAAUAGAGGGGGACCUGGGCAAGUUCUCUGGUGACCCUGAUAGAUAUAUAGAGGCUUUCCAAAACCUAACUCAGGUGUUUGACCUUACUUGGAGUGAUGUUAUGUUGCUCUUAAACUCUAACUACUGCAGAGAAACAGGUAGCCCUGCAGGCAGCAGAAAAAUUCAGAGAUGAACAACAUGUCUUCUAUAGUUGCUCAAUAAGGAAAGAAGGUGAGAAAGAACCAGCAUUCACAUACCCAAUAGGAAGGGAGACAGUGCCCCUUGAACAACAUAAUUGGGAUCCCAGUGGUACCUUAGAUGAGUGGCAAAUAAAACAUUUUCAAAUGUGCUUAUUAGAGGGCUUACAGAGGACCAGAGCCAAGCCUCUUAAUUACCCCAAACUUUCCAUGAUAGAUUAAAAACUAGAUGAAAUUCCCUCAGCCUUUUUGGAAAGGCUGAGAGAGGCUGUAGUGAAGCAUAUGUUCCUGUCUCCUGUGAGGGAUGUUUAUACCUCACAUAAAUAAUUUAAUUGAGGGACAGCUAAUUUUGAAAGACAAGUUUAUUACUCAAGACAGCCCCUGAUAUCAGAAGGAAACUAGAGAAACAGGCCAUGGGACCAGAUAGCACCUUAGAAAACCUCCUGAAGGUAAUCACCUUGGUCUUUUAUAAUAGAGACCAGGAGAAGGCCCAGGAGAAGGAGAGGAAAAAGGCAGAGACUCUUGUGGGCACUUUGUAUAAAAUCCAGUAUCCCCAAGGUGCACCUGCUAGUUGCUACCAAUGUGGCAAACCCGGGUACUUCAAAAGGGACCGCCCAUGCAGCAAGAAGAAGCCACCUCAACCCUGUCCAGUAUACAGUGGGGACCACUGGAAGGCAGACUGUCACAGGAGACAUAGGUCACUGAGUCCAGAGCCAGUCUCACAAAUGGUCCAGCAGGACUGAUGGGUCCUGGGGCUUAACUCCCUGGCUCCAGCGGCUCAGACUGUGUUACUAGCCAGGAGCCCCAGGUGAUUCUGGAGUUUGAAGGGAGGAAGAUAGACUUCUUUCUGGACACUGGAGCCAGUCUCUGUGUUUUCCUCUCCAGUUCAGGCCUUCGUUCCUCCCAUAGCACAACCAUGAUGGGCAUCUCAGGGAAGACUUUAACCUGAUAUUUUUCUCAACCUAUUAGCUGCAGUUGGGGAGACCUGCUGUUUACACAGGCCUUUUUAAUCAUGCCUGAAAGUCCCACUCCUUUAUUAGGUAGAGAUAUUCCAGCAUGUAUGGGGGCCACCAUCCUUAUGGCUCCAGGACAAACUCUGCCUCCCCUUAGUGGAAAACAGUAUUAACCCAGAGGUUUGGGCAACUCAGGGUAGAAGUGGCUGGGCUAUAACAAGUAUACCAGUCUGGAUCCACCUCAAGGAUCCCACUUUUUUUUCCUAACCAGAGACAAUAUCCCCUGAAGCCAGAAAGUAGAAAAGGGCUAGAAGCCAGCAUUGAUAAUGUAAAGGCACAAGGCCUCCUUAGGCCUUGCCGUAGCCCUUGAAACACCCCAAUAUUAGGGGUGCAAAAAUCCAAUGGGGAAUGGAGACUAGUUCAGGAGCUCUGCCUUAUUAAUGAGGCUAUGGUUCCGAUUCAUCUAGUAGAUCCCUAUCCCUAUACUUUGCUAACUCAAAUAUCCAAGGGAACUAAAUGGUUCCCAGUUCUGGACCUAAAGGAUGCCUUUUUCUGUAUACCUUUACACCCUGACUCCCAGUACUUGUUUGCCUUUGAGGACUCCUCCCAUCAAACAACCCAGUUAACCUGGACAGUACUGCCUCAGAUUUAGAGAUAGUCCCCACCUAUUUGGGCAAGUAUUGUCAAGACAUCACUUUGAAUUCUCCCAUCCUCAGGUUAAAGUUUUACAAUAUGUAGAUGACAUUCUUCUCUGUGCCCCGACUGAGGAAGUUUCUUGAGAGGGCACUGAGGCUCUCCUUAAUUUUCUAGCUGGAAAGGGAUAUAAGGCUUCAAAAAUCUAAGACUCAGCCCUGUCAGACUUCAGUAAAGUACCUAGGUCUGGUCUUGUCAGAAGGGAACAAGAGCACUAGGCGAGGAGAGGAUUAAGCCCAUUUCUUCCCUUCCUCUCCCCAGAAUCCUCAAACAGCUGAGGGAUGCUUAGGCAUUACGGGUUUUUGUAGGUUAUGGAUACCCAGCUAUGAUGAAAUAGGUUGCCCUUUAUAUCACCUUAUAAAAUAAAUUCAAGCGGCUAAAACUCACUUCCUGACCUGGGAACCUGAAGGUCAAAAGGCCUUUAAUCAGUUAAAAUAAGCCUUGCUUAAAGCACCAACCCCGAGUCUUUCCGUAGGGAAGGUCUUUAAUCUUUAUGUAUCAUAAAGGAAAGGAAUGGCCCUGGGAGUUUUAAUUCAAGUUCAAGGCCCAGCUCAACAGCCAGUAGGUUACUUAAGUAGAGAGUUUGACUUGGAGGCUAAAGGAUAGCCAGCUUGCCUCUGAGCAGUUACAGUGGCGGCCCUGCUAGUCCCAAAGGCCACCAAGUUAAUUCUGGGGAAUAACCUGUUUGUACCUCACAUAAAUAAUGUGGCAGGCUUGCUGUCUUCUAAAGCGAGUCUCUGGCUAACAGACAGCUGCCUCCUCAAGUAUCAGGCUUUGCUGCUAGAGGGAUCUGCAGUCCAGUUAAAAAUCUGUCCUUGCCUGAUCCCAGCCACUUUCCUUCCAGAGGAAACUGGAGAAACUGAACAUAAUUGUGAACAGAUUGUAGUACAACCGAUGCCGCUAGGGAGAAUCUCAAAGAAAUUCCCCUAAAAAAUCCAGACUGGACCCACUUUAUAGAUGGGAGCUCUUUUGUAGGACAGGGAGUCUGUAAAGCGGGAUAUGCAGUAGUCACUCUAAAUAACAUUAUUGAAAAUGUGCCUCUCUUACCAGGCACAAGCGCUCAAUCAGCUGAGCUGAUCCCUCUCACAAAAGCACUUGAACUAAGCAAAGGAGAGACAGCUAACAUUUAUACUGACUCCAAGUGUACCUUUCUAGUUCUCCUUGCCCAUGCUGCCAUCUGGAAGGAAAGGCACUUCCUCACCGCUAAUGGGUCUUCCAUUAAAUACCGUCAAGACAUCAACAGGCUAUUAUCCUCAGUGUUCCUCCCAUGAGAAUUAGGAGUAAGACAUUGCAGAGGGCAUCAGAAGGGGGUAGAUGAAAUAGCCAAAGGAAACAGGUUAUCAUACCAAAGAGCAAAGUCAGCAGUAAGAAGGCCCCAAGGUCCCAAUACACCUGAGAUGUCUCUGAUUUUCCUACAUAAGGGAAAUAAAGCCUCAGUAUUCCCCUACAGAGAUAGAAUGGGCCACCUCUCCAGGGUAUACUUUUCAACCCUCAGGAUGGUUACAAUCAGAAGAUGGCAAAGUACGCUUGCCAGCCUCCAGCCAAUGGAAGAUUCUUAAAAUCCUCCACUGAGCCUUUCACUUAGGAAAGCAUAAGACAUCAAUGUGUCCAGAGAUUGUUCUCAGGAGAAAAUCUACUAAAAAUGGUCAAAUAGGUUGUUAAUGCCUGUGAAACCCUCUUAAAAACAAUCGCUUUAAUAGAUGGCUUCUUCCCCACCACACUCAGAGGAUGGAAAGUUACUCAGGGGAGGACUGGCAGAUAGACUUCACCCAUAUGCCCAAAAUAAAUGGCAUUCAAUAUCUUUUGGUGUGGGUGGAUACCUUCAUUAACUGGGUAGAGGCCUUCCCAUGCCGAACAGAAAAGGCCUCUGAGGUGGUGAGAAUACUAAUUAGUUAAAUAAUUCCUUGCUUUGGGCUCCCUAAGUACUUCCAAAGCAAUGAUGUCCCCUCAUUUAAAGCAGCUGCUACCCAGUGGGGCCGAGUCUGCUAGGACUUUUGACUGGGUUUGGUAAUACGUCACACCCUUUAGCCUCUGCGUGUGUCAGUCAUGGCCCAUUUAUACAAGACUAAUUGCUGGGUCUGUCCUGAGCGGUUUGCUCAGUUCAGUAACACUAAGGAACCUCUUGAUGACCUGGUAUUUACUGUCUUAGGAUUCCCUUUGUUAGCUUUACCUUUAGCCAUUAAAGACUUGUCAGGCAUAAAUGGAACAUGGUAUGGGAACACUUUCAACUGAGUAACUAACUCCUCCCAGGAAAGCAUUUCCUCCCUGGUACCAGAAAACACUUUCGGCAAAGAUAAGCUUCACACCCUCAGGCUAGGAAAAGUUGGCCGGGUAAUAGCAAAUGCCUCCUCCUGUUUUAAAAGCAGAAGAAAAGGACCAUACCUGGGAGAUCUCAAAUAUUAUAACACCAUACUCGUAAUUGCUGAAAGCUCGGAGGUUUGGAGAAAAAGACAUAAUAAG